ACAGUCACUUGAGAUUUGAGUUUUAGAAUCUCUGCACAAGGAAAAGGAAAAGGGACGAAAAGGCUAGAUCAACAGCAGCAAAGCAGAGAACGGCUUCAGAGGCAUUUUUUGUAAUGGGAACCAUGCAAGUAGGAAUGUAUCUACACAUCAGGGGCAAAUUUGUUAAAGAUCCAUAUUUGAGGUAUGCUGGAGGUACCUUUCAGAGUAUGUGGUUUGACUAUGGUAACAUAGAUGUUGCUGGAUUUAGAGCUAAACUACAAAGCUUAAAUAUUGACAUUGAUGGAAUGAGUGAUUUUGUUUGGUAUAAGCACCCAAGGAAGAAACUUGAAAAUGGACUUGUUUUAAUAGUGUCUGAUGAAUCGGUUCAUGACAUGUUCCAACUACUUUUUGAACAUGGAUAUAUGGAUGUCUAUGUGGAACAUGAGGCAGAUGUAUUAAAACAAUUAGGCAAAUUUGGGCCCCACAAUGGUAGUGGGGCAUCUUCAGUAAAUGUUGUUGUGGGGGCUUCUGAGGUGGUGGGAGGUUAUGUUGUAAAUUUGCAUAGAUCAGAGCCUUUUUUAAAUGAUGAAGUCCUUGGUUGUCUCACUCAAGAUAGCCUCAUAUCAAGAGAACAAGCCAUUACUACUGUAAGAGAACAAACCAAUACUGCAACAGCAAGCUCAAACCGAACAGUGCAGGAGGCAGAACUUAGUGGUGAUGAGUUCAUAGAUGUUCCGUGGCUAACUGAUAACGAGGAUGAAGAAUGGCAAGAGGCAAGGAAACAAAAUAGGCUGUUAAGGUCUCAAUCUGGUGGUAGGUUUGAAGGGGAAGAAGAAACAGCAUUGUUGUUAUUUGACCCAACACAAGAUGUUGCUGAAGGACAUAGUGAUUCCAUUGAUUCAGAUGACAAUGUUAGCUUUGUCACUACCAGUGAUGAUAGUGAGGCUGAUGAAGCUAGAAGGAGGAGGUCACAACACAAGAUCUUUGAUGACACUUUCCUCAUUCCAGAAUUUGAAAUUGGUAUGAUUUUUGCAAGCACCCGACAAUUUAAGGAUGCUGUUCUUGCACUAUCAAUUUACACAAGAAGAGAAACUGUUUUGAUAAAAAAUGAUAGAAGGAGGGUUCGGGUUGCAUGUGUCGAUAAAAGGUGUGAUUGGACUCUUUUAUUGUCAGUAGAUUCUAGAACGAGGAGUUGGAUGAUAAAAACAUAUAAGGAUGAGCAUACUUGCGGUUUUAGUUGGAGAAACAAGAGAGUUAAAGCUACAACAGUGGCUAGGCAUUUUAUUAAAACCAGGAGUUAUUCUGCAUUGACUCUUUCUCAUCCCAACAUCCAGCAAGGUAUGCAUGAAGAACUGCAUCUUGAGAUUACUAUUAGUCAAGCUCGGAGAGCAAAGCAGCUCAUUAUUAAGCAGUUUCAAGGUGAUUGCAAGAAGGAAUAUAGUAAGUUGUUUGAUUAUAGACGAGAAAUAUUGACAAGAAAUCCAACAAGCACAGUUGAGAUUUAUGCGGAAAGGCCUACACCUGAUUCGAAUCCUAUUUUCAUAAGGUUUUAUGUAUGUUUUGCUGCUUUGAGAGAAGGUUUUUUAACUGGGUGCAGACCUAUUAUUGGUCUUGAUGGAGCUUUCCUCAAAGGUCCAACCAAGGGACAAUUACUAUCAGCAGUAGCUAGAGAUCCUAAUAACCAAAUGUAUCCAGUAGCUUGGGCUAUAGUAGAAUGUGAAAGAACAGACAACUGGACAUGGUUCCUAAAACUUUUGGGGGCUGACUUGAUGAUAGGUGAUGGAGAAAACUUCACAUUUUUGUCUGAUCAGCAAAAAGGUCUAAUUAAUGCAAUCCAAAGCUUAUUCCCUAGAGCUGCACAUAGGAGAUGUGCUAGGCAUAUAUAUGCAAAUUUUAGGAAGCAGUACAAGGGUAAGCAGUUACAAAAGUGGUUCUGGAUAACUGCUAAAUCAACUACUGUUGCAGAAUUCAGGAGAAAUAUGGAAGAAAUUAAUAAAUUGAACCCUGCAGCAAAAGAGUACCUCAUGCAAUAUGAUCCAAAGUACUGGUGCAAGGCAUUCCUUGAUACUCAUUGCAAAUGUGAUGCUGUUGAUAACAAUAUGAAUGAGACCUUCAAUGGAUUUAUUCUUGAUGCAAGGCAAAAGGCUGCUAUGUCUUUGCUAGAGGACUUAAGGUGGAAGUGCUCAAAAAGAAUCAUAGCAAAACAGGCCUUUGUACACAAAAGUUUUGUUGGAGAAUUUGGUCCAAAAAUUUGGGAGAAGAUUGAGGAGCAUAGGGCUGCAAUGUCUAGGUGCUAUAUGUUAUCUAGAGCCCUUGUGGAAUAUGAGAUCAAAGAAAGAAAUGACUCAUUUGUGGUUAAUGUUCGUGACCAUACAUGCACUUGUAGGGUAUGGCAACUUAAUGGCAUUCCUUGUAGACAUGCCAUGCUUGCCAUCCAACAUAGAGAGGAAAACUUUGAAGACUAUGUGCACCCUUGCUACAAAAGACAAGCAUACAUUAACACAUACAAGCAUUGCAUAAUUCCUCUAGAUGGCAUGGAAAGAUGGGAAGAAACCGGCAUGCCUCCACUUGAUCCACCAUUGGAAAGGAAGACGACGGGCAGACCUAAAAAGAAAAGGCAUCCUGAAGAUUGGGAAAUUUCUAAUGGAUCUAACAUUAGUAGAAAAGGUAGGAUCAUGACUUGUCGAGUAUGCUUCAAACAAGGCCACAAUUCCAGAACUUGUCCAUCCAAAAAGCCAAAAAAUGUUGAAGACUCAUCCUCCACUCAAGCAAGAGUUGGUGGAGGUGUUGAAAUGCAACUUCAACAAGUUGCUGGAGGUGUUCAACUGGAAAUGCAACUAGAAAAGGAACUACUUGCUGCUAAUGGUCAAUCGCAACUUCAUGCAGAAAAUCAGCUACUUGCUGCUGAUGUUCAACCAGAAAAUCAGCUACUUGCUGCUGAUGUGCAAGAUCAAACUGGUAAUCUCAGUUCAAAUUUAAUGGGAAUUCAACAAGCCAAAAAAGGAAGGAAAAAAGAUGCCAACAAUUCUGUCCAGUGUCCACCUGAGCUACCACAAGAGUUCAGACGAAAAUGUCAACACAAAAGAAAGGCAAAACCCAUAAUUAAACAACCAAUUGUUGAAUCUAGGAGUGGCACAAUUAAUAUUGAAGUCAAUGAAGGUACAAGUCAUGGUCAUCAAGUGCAUGUGCAUGGUAAGGGGAAAGCUGUCCAUGGCAAGGGGAAAGUCGUCCAAACCACCAAAAAGGUGAAAGAAAGUCGUAAGAAAAGGACCACAUUUGAAGGAUAUGGGACCUAUUUCAAUGUAGAGACUGGAUUGUGUAUUAUAGAUCCUGGACAGAAAAGUAGAAGAAUCCUCUCAGUCCCAAGGAAAAAAUCAAAAGUUUCUGCAAAGGCUUCUGUGGAGUCUACUGUUCACGCAACUGUUCAUGCCCCUGCUCACGACACUGUUCAUGCCCCUGUUCAUGCCACUACUCAUGCCUCUGCUUCAAAUUUGCAUGAGUUCUUCAAUGUUGAAAGUGUUAUGAUCCAAAAGGCAAUGAGGAACUCUCAACCCCAACCCCAACUACAAUAUGGAAAUGAGUCUUCCUCCUCUAGGCAGCAACAAGGAUCAAAACAGAGAGAGACUGUUACAUAUCAACAAUUAGAGGCACAGAGGUUUGCAAGACUCAGGGCAAUGGAGCAACGCAGAUUGGAUGAAAUGGAGUUGGCAAAUUGGAGUGCUAUAAUUCAAGCUAUGGGUUCUACUGAUGAUGGAAAUAAUUGUCCUUAAAGUAUUUUAGGGUGUAUUUUGGUUGUUAUAACUAGUUACAAAAGUACCAGUCAAGCCAUAUUUCUGGAUUUUUUUGGAACUUAAUCAUAGGCAGGUAGUAUGUAUCAAGGCAGAAACUUGGCUUUUUUUUUUUUUUGACAGACUCUGUAUGUCAUGGGAAACUUCAUUCCUGUUUAUAUAAUAUCAAUAUAUCAGUUUAUGAUAUAUGGUUAAAUGUUUGUUCUGUGCAAAUUAUUUUCCUGCAACUAUAGAAAAGUUUUGCCAUUCAUUUCCAGUUUAUGUAAUAGCAAUAUAACAGUGCAAAUUAU